GGAGGAUCCUGUCCGCCGGUGUUCCGGCAGCAGCUGCGCUCCAUCCCAUGUGUUUCACACCAAAUUUAGACAUGUGCUGCCAGACUAACAGCCCAGCGUAGAUUUAUUUCUUUUUAAUGAGAUUAUUCGGUGUAUAGAGUGACAGUCGUUGGGCUAUUUUUUUCCUGGAAAUGCUGCCCUGCUCUUCAUCCGCGCAGAUGGAGGGAUGCGAGGAGGAGAGGGAGUCACACAUGCAAACAGAGUGCAACAGACUGACGGAGGAGAGGGACGAGGCCCAGAGACAACUCAAGCAUAUCAAGAGAGUGUCUCAGAUGGUGAUUGAGGAGGUGAGUGUUCUGCAGACUCAGCUGGAGAUUGAGAAGUCGUGUCGGGAAAAUGCAGAGGCCCUGGCCACCAAGCUGAACUGUGAGAACAGGAAGUUGAAGUAUUUGAGUUUGUCAUCACGGCCAUGUUUGGACGACCUGCUUCCCAGCAUCUCAGACUGCAUCCCGCUGGAGGCGGACAGAGAUGCUGCAGACACUGUGGACAACAGCCCUGAUGCCUUCACACAGUGCCAGCAACAGGUCAAAGAUUCACAUGCUGUAGACAACAGCCCAGAUAACGUCACAUUGUCCCAGCAACAGGUUUCAAGCUUUGAAGACUCUGUAGACAACAGCUCCAACACCUUCUCACUGGACCAGCAUCAGAUGAAAGAGCUGAGGGAGACAGUGAACAGUUUGUUGGAGGAGAAGAAAAAUUUCGUCUGUCAGAUUCACGAACAGCAGCGACGGAUAGAAGAGCUGACCACACAGUCAGAGAAAGACCAAGUGGAAAUGAAGCAGCUUCGAGAAACAGUUGAGCAGCAAAGCAAAACCAUCAAAAGAUUUAACAGAGUCUCCAUGAUGGCUGCUCAGGAGUAUGAGGGGAUGAAGGAGCAGCUGGACUUGGAGCAGAACCUCAGAGUCAAAGCUGAGACUUAUGCUCAUGAGAUGCUGGUUAAGCAGAAGGAGGCCAACAGACAGAGCAUGCUGCUGCUGCAGAGUGCUGAGCCCAGCAUUCAGCUGCUGAAAGCUCUGGAGGAUGUUGCUGCCAUCACAAAAAUCCUGGAGGAGGAGCGUCUGCAGCAUCAGCAGAAGGUGCAGAGCCUGGAGGCCCAGCUGGAGCAGAGCUGUGUGAAGAAACAGCUGGAGGAUCUUCAGAGGCAGCUGGAGCUGCUGGAGGUGGAGAAGAAGGAGGUGGAGGGUCGACUGGAGCAGGCAGAGAAGAAGAACAAGGAGCUGGAGAACAAAGUCCAUGAGCUCGAGGAGAUCCAGGAAAAGAUCGCCAAGACAACCCACGAAUGCACCCCAGCACCUGGGGUCGCCCCGCCUCCUGCCCCUCUCCCACAACCACCUCCUCCCCCUCCUCCUCCCCCUCCCCCACCUCCUCCACCUCCCCCCUCCAGAUGCAACCCCCUCAGCUCUCUGAUAGCCAUCAUGAAGAAGUCCUCAAAAGGCUCCAAAGCUGCUGUGAAGGUCGAGGAGCCUCCAGCUGCUGAGGGCGUGGACGACGUGAAGGUGAAGGCUGUGAACGAGAUGAUGGAGCGGAUCAAACAUGGCGUCGUCCUGCGACCCGUCAAGAGUCAGGACAACAAGAGAGUAGCAAUAAAACAGCCUCCACCGUGUGAGGAGAAACCACAGGAGAGCGCUAUGGAUGAGCUGAAAGGAAUCCUGGAGACAGUAAAGAGGAGCCCCAGCCGCGGCUCCCAGGAUUCAGGGCCGCCCCCUCCCGGAAAGAAGGACAGCGAGUUGGAGGUCAUUCUGAGACGUCGACGUAACAAGGCUGGAGAGGCGGGAUCGGGAGGUGGACCUGAUAAAGUGGCCAAUGAGUCAGAGCAGGAGGGCCAGCUGAGCCACGUAUCGUCCUCUGACAGUCUGAACGGAAGACGCACCAGCAGCGACUCAGGCAAACAUCCAGAGGGAGCUGGUGGGCUGGUCGUCCCGUCUGACCACGUGGGGCCCAGGGUCAGCCCGGAGAGGCGGGGGUCUGGGCCAGGACCUGUGCUGGCCUGGAGGAAGAGCUCUGACACGGGCAAGGAGAAGAUGCCCUGCAGCUCUCUGUCUGAGAAGAAAACAGCAGAGCCCCCAGUCAGCAACGGCUGCAUCAACAGUGUUGGAGAGGAGGAUCAGAUCAAGUCAAACGGUGUCAACCACUCAGAGGCUGGGGGGGACACACACACCUCCAUCUGCACCGACCCGGUCAACGGCAGCACUGAUGCUGAAUGCUGAGAUGGAUUCUGAGGAUCCUAAUUUCUUUCCUGCAGUCUGAUCUGUCCGUUUAUUGAUUUGAGAGAGAUCAGAUCACAUGAUUUAGGGAGUGAUAACCUUUUUGCCUUUUUUGCUUAUUGGAUCAAAACCAGAAAGAAAAAGUUAUUUGAAAGCAUCUCAAACUAACCUUCUAAAAAUAAACCACAGUAGAACUUGCAAGCAAAACAUUCAAGUUAAAGAGUAGUUGUAGCUCAUUUACUGGACUAAGAUAUUUCUGGUUUAAAUGCACUGAUGUGGAUUUCAGAUAAAGACUUCAGAAAGUGAUCAAAGAGAAAACAAACUGACAUUCAGCCGCUGCAGAAAGCCCAAUAACACCUGAAAACUAUCAUUCAAAGAACACUGGAGGAUAAAAUACCUGUUAAACUUAAAUUUGUUGAAAAAAAUCAAAUGUUUCUAGAGAAAAAGUCUACAUUUUACAAUUAUUUUUAAGGAUGUCUCUUUUAUUUCAACUUGUGUCCCUCGCCUCAAACCUUUAGCA